CAGAAAUGUACCGCGUACACAGAGCCAAGUUAACAACCUUUAUAUAGAUUUCCUCUAGGCAUAAGAUCAUAAACAGAUGUUUUACGCAGAUGCGGCAUCCUUGUUGUCGCCAACGUGAUAAAGAUUUCAUUCGAUCAAUUGCGCAUUUUCUGUGCAAAAUCUAGCGAAAAUUUGUUUUCACAACUAUAGAAAUCUGCCCGACAAUGCUUUAUUCCGUCUCUUUAUUAGCGCUUUUGGGAGCAGUCGCAAACUUGGGAUAUGCUGCGCCCAAUCCAAAGCCUGCCGCAGGCGGCAAGACCGUAAAAAUGAUAUUUUGGCAAGCCAUCUGCAAUCAGGAAAUUGCUUACGAAGCCAGUUCAACGGAGGAGGAUUGUUUGGCAAAAUGCAAAGCGGACCACGCUUGUUUGUUCGCCUCGUAUAAUUCCAAAGAAGUCCAAUGCGGUUUAGUGCCCGCCAAUUUCGACUGUAUCUUCCAGAGACGGUCGGAGGAAAAUAUGCUGCUGGGUGUAGAGAAGAAGAAAUUCACACCGAGAAUGGGCAACAUUGAUACAAAAGCCCUGACCAACAAUAAAGGUGACAUUAUCCUGGAUGGCGCCCUGGGCGUAUCGACAGACGACUGCACAGGGUUGUGCAACAUUCAGCCCAAGUGCAAAGUAGCCCAGGUUUCUGCCGGCGGACAUGGACCACAGGCGUGUACGCUGAAAGGAAUCUCUGGGCCGACAAAACGUCUGGGAAUGACUGAUAUGUCCGUGGCAUACGUGGCAUCGUAAUUUUUAUAAUAUGGUUGACCUUUGUGACAUACAUGUGCAUAUGAGAUGUUGUUAUUCCAAAGUUUAUUUAUUGUUGCAGAUUUUGUUUAUUCUUUCAAGGACCCAUUUGUGUAAGCAAAUUUAUAUACAUAAUUAAAAUGAAGCAGGUGUUAAA